AUGGAAUGUUAAAACAGGAUAAUAAAAGCCAAAUUGAAUGGUCAUACUAGUCCUGUUUGGUCAAUUAGCUUCUCCCCUGAUGGUACUACCUUAGCAAGUGGUAGUGAUGAUUAGUCAAUUAAUUUAUGGGAUGUUAAGACAGGAUAAUGUAAGGCCAAAUUGGAUGGUCAUCGUGAUUAUGUACUAUCAGUAUGCUUCUCAUCAGAUGGAUGUACAUUAGCAUCUGGUAGCGGAGAUAAAUCCAUCCGUUUAUGGGAUGUUAAGACAGGAUAAUAAAAAGCAAGAUUAGAUGGUCAUAGUAAUUGUGUCUCAUCAGUAUGCUUCUCACCAAAUGGAAAGAUAUUAGCAUCUGGAAGUUAUGAUAAAUCUGUUUGUAUAUGGAAUGUAAAGACAGGAAAAUAAAAAGACAAAUUCGAAGGUCAUAGUCAUUAUGUAUUCUCAGUAUGCUUCUCACCUGAUGGAAGAUUAUUAGCAUGUGGUAGUGAUAAAUUGAUCCGGUUAUGGAAUAUAAAGUAGAGAUAUGAAUAAGCAUUAUUGGAUGGUCAUUAUGAUUAUGUUAGAUAAGAAUGCUUUUCACCAGAUGGAACUAGAUUAGCAUCUUGUGGAGAUUAAUCUAUCCUAUUAUGGAAUGUAAUGGCUGAAAAAUUGAUAGCUACAUUGGAUAAUUAAAGUGAUUAGGUCCUAUCAGUAUGCUUCUCACCUGAUGGAAAAAGAUUAGCAUCUGGUAGUUUUAAUUGUUCUAUCUGUGUAUGGGAUAUAAAGACAGGAAAAUAAAAAGAAAAAUUGGAUGGUCUUAGUCAUAAUGUAUUCUCAGUAUGCUUCUCGCCUGAUGGAAAAACAUUAGCAUGUGGUAGUGAUAAAUUGAUCCGUUUAUGGGAUGUUAAGACAGGAAAAUCAAUAUAACCUUCAGAUAAAAUAUAUAAAGAUCUUCUUACAUAAUUUUCAAUUCCCUUAAAUACAAACAAAUCUCUUUUAGAAGGUAUUAUUUAUAAAUUUUAUUUUAGUUAACUCUAAGGAGCUCUAAUUUUUAAAGGAGUAUUCGUAAAUCAUUAAGGUAUAGAUCUUAGAUCAUUAUUGA